CAUGCUACAAUUUUCCCUCGUCAAUAAACUUAUCCCAGGCGAAGGAAGGAACAGGCGGAGGCAGCGGCACAGGUGCCCUUUGUCCUUCUCCGAUCUGAGGAGAUUCGCCAUAAUUCCCUCACCGGAACCCUACCGCUGCCAUUCCCACCCCCACUCCUCCGAUCUGAGAAUUUCCCGGCAAAGAUGACGGAGUUCCUGGACUUGGAGGCGCAGGACGGCGUCCGGAUGCCCUGGAACGUGAUCCCGGGUACCAAGCAGGAGUCCACUAACUGCGUCGUCCCCGUCUCCGCGAUCUACACUCCGAUCAAGGCCUUCCCUGAGCUGCCGGUCCUCCCCUACUCGCCGCUCCGCUGCCGGACCUGUCGCUCGGUGCUCAACCCGUUCUCCAUCGUGGACUUCGCCGCCAAGCUUUGGAUCUGUCCCUUCUGCUUCCAGCGCAAUCACUUCCCCCCUCACUAUGCCUCCAUCUCUGACGACAACCUCCCCGCCGAGCUUUUCCCCCAGUACACCACCAUCGAGUAUGCCUCCCCCGAGGAAGCCCAGCGGCCCUCCAUGCCCCCUGUGUUCGUCUUCGUCCUCGACACAUGCAUCAUCGAAGAGGAGCUUGGCUUCCUCAAAUCCGCCCUCUUGCAGGCGAUCGGUCUCUUGCCCGGGCACGCGCUCGUGGGGCUCAUUACUUUUGGGACAUUGGUGCAGGUUCACGAGUUGGGUUUUGGAGCGAUGCCCAAAGCUUAUGUGUUUAGGGGGUCCAAGGAGGUAACCAAGGAGCUGCUGCUCGAACAGAUGAGCUUCUUCGCCAAGAAGCCGAAGCCUGCAACUGGGGUUAUUGCCGGCGUCCGGGACGGGCUAGAUGCAGAGAGCAUUGCGAGGUUCCUAGUUCCUGCAUCCGAGUGCGAGUUUGCCAUCAAUGCGGUUCUGGAUGAGCUGCAGAGAGAUCCGUGGCCUGUCCCUUCAGAUCAGAGGGCAACAAGGUGCACAAGCACGGCUUUGAGUGUGGCUGCGAGUUUGUUGGGAGCUUGUGUGCCUGGCUCUGGAGCAAGAAUCAUGGCCUUUAUCGGCGGCCCAUCAACUGAAGGUCAGGCUGCUAUCGUGUCUAAGAAUCUCUCCGAGCCAAUUCGAUCGCACAAAGAUUUGGACAAAGAUUCUGUUCCGUGUUAUCAUAAAGCUGUGAAAUUCUAUGAAGGAGUUGCAAAGCAGCUUGUAAACCAAGGGCAUGUGCUUGAUUUGUUUGCAUGUGCACUUGAUCAGGUUGGAGUUGCUGAACUUAAAGUAGCAGUGGAAAGAACUGGAGGUCUUGUUGUUCUUGCAGAAAGCUUUGGUCAUUCAGUAUUUAAAGACUCUGUUAGACGUGUAUUUCAAUCUGGUGAACAUGAUCUUGGUUUGUCAUCCAAUGGUAUCUUUGAAAUAAACUGCUCAAAGGACGUCAAAGUUCAGGGCAUUAUUGGGCCUUGUGCUUCUCUUGAGAAGAAAGGUCCUCUGUGUUCAGAUACCGCCAUUGGCCAGGGACAUACUAGCGCAUGGAAAUUGUGUGGACUCGAUAAAGCUACAGCAUUAUGUUUAUUUUUCGAUAUUGCUAAGAAGGAUGGUCAAGAUGCUGCCAUGCAAUCAACAAACAAUCUAUUUUACUUCCAAUUUUUAACUUAUUAUCAGCAUGGUAGUGGUCAAAUGAGACUUCGCGUGACAACGUUAUCUAGAAGAUGGGUUGCUGGACCCGGAAGUGUUCAGGAGUUGAUAGCUGGAUUUGACCAAGAAGCAGCUGCUGUAGUCAUGGCACGCCAAGUUUCUUUCAAAAUGGAAACUGAGGCUGAUUUCGACCCAAUUAGGUGGCUGGAUAGAGCAUUGAUACAUCUUUGUUCCCGGUUUGGAGACUACCAAAAGGACAGCCCUUCUACCUUCAGCUUAUCCCCGCGUCUCUCAAUAUUCCCCCAAUUCAUGUUCCAUUUACGCCGUUCCCAGUUCUUACAGGUCUUCAACAAUAGCCCUGAUGAGACGGCAUACUUCAGGAUGAUCUUGAACAGAGAGAAUGUUGCCAAUUCAGUUGUCAUGAUUCAACCUUCAUUGAUUUCGUACUCUUUCCACACGGGCCCUGAACCAGCCCUUCUCGAUGUUGCUGCCAUUGCAGCUGACAGAAUUCUGCUCUUAGACGCUUUCGUCACUGUUGUCAUUUUUCAUGGCGCAACUAUAGCUCAAUGGCGCAAAGCUGGAUACCAGAAUCAACCUGAACAUCAGGCUUUUGCGCAACUACUUCAAGGUCCUCAUGCUGAUGCUGAUGCGAUAAUUAAGGAGAGAUUUCCGGUGCCUCGUUUGGUCGUAUGUGAUCAGCAUGGAUCUCAGGCUCGUUUUCUUUUGGCGAAACUGAAUCCUUCAGCCACGUAUAACUCUGACGCACCAGCUCCAGGAGGGGACAUUAUAUUCACGGAUGACGUUAGCUUCGGGGUCUUCUUGGACCAUCUCCAGAGACUAGCUGUUCAAUAAGAAGGUACACUAUAGAUUACAGAUUUUGCAGUUUUGUAAUUUUGCUUAUGAUAUAUUUCUCAUUGAUUAUGAAUCAUUGUACAGUGGAGUCCUUGAUUUGUCUGAGCCUCUAGUGAAAGUUUGCAUCGUUACUACUGCUAGAGUCGAAGUGCCCAUAUGGUUCUCUAGAUUUGCGCAAAAAAUAUUGUUGGGAGUGAAUAAAAGGGUUAACGUGAUGACUCGAUUA